CCACACCAGCCAUCUACACCACUUGCCCUUACAGAAUACCAUUCCGACACUUUGAGCACGAUCAAACCAGAAAGCACCUUCAAGAGUCUAUCGCCUGAUCUCAUGGAAUCUGUCUACGGCCCACUCGAUCAAGAUACGGAAGAGAUAAGACUGCUCACCUUACACCCCGCACUCACGACAGCAGACGGAUCAACUCUCCAAUGUGCCCUCCGUUCCGUCGCGCUUCUCUCAAAUACGGGAGAUUCUGUUCCAGCAUACGAGGCACUAUCUUAUGUGUGGGGAAAACCCGACUUUUCCCGCCCCAUUCUCAUUGAUGGGCGAGAAGUGCACGUCACACCCAGCUUAGCAAACAUAUUGUACAGUCUCAGGGAUAGCGUCAACCCACGCACGAUCUGGGUCGAUGCAGUCUGUAUCAACCAAGCAGACCUAGAAGAGCGCGCCAAGCAGGUUCGAUUGAUGCACAAGAUAUAUUCCUCAUGUCAACGCGUCCUUGCUUGGAUGGGUCCAUCGCUAGGUACGACCGAUUUUAGUUCCAAGCAACACAGCAUCAUCAGCGGCAUGAAGUUGUUGCAGGAGAUCGUGGAAAGGCGAUUGCAUGAUCUCAGAACCUAUGAGGCGAGUUUAGUGCAGCAGAAAGACAAGCCAAGUCAAUUCCUGCAAAUAUCGUCCGAAAACGAGGUACCACUACUUAGCGAACUAUUGAAGCAUUCACCUUAUUGGCGACGUGUCUGGAUCGUCCAAGAACUUGUCUGCGCACCGCGAAUAACCAUGAUUUGUGGAGAGCAAGAGUUGGAGUGGACAUGCGUCUCGAGUUUUCUGAAGGAUGAGCCCUAUUUUGAUGCCUUCCACACGAUGAAGACCGCAGAAAACGUCAGCCCCCACAGUCUCACCGACUUUGGUGCGACCUUGACAGAAGUCAAACAAAUAGAAGAUCAACGCAGGGCCUUCCGAGAUGGCCAAUUGGGGAGCUCCUCCGAUGAGCUGUUCGAUGUUCUAGCUCGCUUUCGAGACAAGCAAGCCACCGAUCCUCGAGACAAGAUCUACGCAUUGAUGGGACUAUUGCGCAACAAGCCAUACAUCGAGAUUGACUACGCCAGCCCAUUGGUGCCCCUGUACAGAGAAACGACAGAAGCUCUGAUGAGAAGGUCAAGAAACUUAGACAUAAUAUGUCAAAAUCCAUUCGAGACAAGGGAGUCAUCCUUCGGAACAGUAUCUAGUGAGGCCAAAGGCUCCUGGACUGCAGAUUUUGGCUUGCCAAGCCGUGAGAGCCCUUCUAUUCUAUUCGCUCAGCGCGACAUAUUCAAUGCUGGUAUACGCGAAUUUAGAGAAAUCGGUAGAACUGUCAGGGAUGGAAAGGAAGUUCUGAUACUUUCGGGUAUUGUCAUCGACAGCAUUAACCUUCCCAACCGAAGGGGGCACGAGACACUGGAAGCAGCUCCAAAUCUCGUUAUGCCCACGGACGCCCCAGAAAAUUACUCCGCCUGGAGUGUCCUGCAAAGAAUACACCGCGCGAAAAUCCAUUGUUCUCAGGAGAAUGCAGUUGAUCUAUCAGAAGAACCAGACGCCAAAGGAGAUACUCUGCAGCCCGAAAGCGCGAUUCGUGCUUUCUGGCGCACAAUGAUCAGAGACUGCACAGCUCCUCCUAUGAUGCGGCGUUUGAAAGCCAGAGAGAUCGAGAGGCUGGACAUUCGAAAUACACUCCGCGUUGAAUCUCAAACUCAGGUCCAGACCCUACGUCUACACAAUAAGUUCGACAAACAUAAAUACUCUUCAACAAUGUCAUCUCACGGACAUGCACACAGGGGAUACACUGAGUUGCCUGAAGUGGAGAAAGAGUACACAUUUGCGACUACCCUGGAGGGCCUCUUUGUUCUCACACGUCGCUAUGUUCACCACAACGACGUAGUCGCGGUAUUGGACGGUGGUAAGGUUCCUGUUAUUCUCCGACGAACGCGACCAAGCAAAGAACACGGCUCCAGAGAAUUUGGCGGAUCUGAAGAGCUGUAUAAGUUCAUCUGUGUUGCGUACGUGCAUGGUAUCAUGGAUGGUGAGAUCGAACAAGCUGUUAGCAGGGGCUGGAUGAAGAAAAGAGAUAUCAUGCUGGUUUAAUCCCAGGUGAUGUGCAAAACACAGGUAGAUGACGAGGGCUUCAAUCCGACAUACUGCACCCAGGCACGCCCGACCAGCCGCUUGGCCUUUCUGCAAAUUCAAUCCACCUUACCUUUGUUGCAGCUAAUGAGCUACAACUGAAUGAAUUCAUUCAUCCCAAUAAGAAAGUGCCCUCUUGCCUGACGCAAAUACACACUACUCUCAA